GGUUACGUCAGAGCGUCAGCACUCCAUUAGAGCUGCAGCUGUUUUGAGAGAAACAACAACAAAAACGGGCUAACUGACAGCGCUCCCACAGUGACAGUCCGCUCUGAGCCCGACAAAGAGGCCUCAAAUCUGGAAGCUUAACCUUCAUUUCCCACCCGGAGCUCCGCCGGCUUCUAACCACGGCCGCUCUCGGUGAGGAAACUCUGGCCUCCGCUUCCUCCUCCUCCGACUCGGACACCGGCGGAGCGUCGCCGCCCCCGCGGAAGAAGCACCGAGCCUCGGCGGCGGAGGGAGCAGGAGAGCCCGGGGCUUCAGCAGUUGUAACAGGCCUCUCCGGAAUUGUCUUAGGACUUGCUACUCAUUCUCCACACUCUCAAGCCACCUCAGCCAUCCACUUUAACCGAAGUGUUGUCAACAACCUCAGCAGCAGUAUGCAGUCAAACGGUGCAGGACAGGGACAGGAAUCUACAGAUCUCUCCUGCCUAAACAGCGCACAAAACGGGGAGUCAUCGACGGCUGGUGGAACCCACUCCAAUGGGCUCCUCUCCAGCACAGACAACGGGAAUGGUGUCGGUACCAGUAAUGGGUCUGCAACCGGGCCUGGUUCGGGGACUUCGGCGGCCCCUACGGCUUCGGGCUCGGAGGCCGGUUCUCUGAAAAAGAAAAAACGACUAUCGCAAGCGGAGGAAGAUGUCAUCCGAUUAAUAGGGCAACAUCUCCACGGACUAGGGCUGAAUCAGACAGUGGACCUGCUGAUGCAGGAAUCGGGCUGCAGACUGGAACACUCCUCAGCUACCAAGUUCCGCAACCACGUCAUGGAGGGGGAGUGGGACAAGGCUGAGAAUGAUCUCAAUGAGCUGAGAGCACUGAUGCAUUCUCCCAAUGCCAUUGUGCGCAUGAAGUUCCUGCUGCUGCAACAGAAGUACCUAGAAUAUCUGGAGGAUGGUAAAGUCCUGGAGGCUCUGCAGGUGCUCCGGGGAGAGCUGACGCCCCUGAAGUACAACACAGAUCGCAUCCACGUACUUAGCGGGUACCUAAUGUGCAGCCAUGCUGAGGACCUGAAGGCUAAGGCAGAGUGGGAGGGCAAGGGCACCGCCUCACGCUGCCGACUGCUGGACAAACUACAGACGUACCUGCCACCUUCUGUGAUGCUGCCCCCUCGGAGGAUGCAGACGCUGCUGCGGCAAGCUGUGGAGCUGCAGAGGGACCGCUGCCUCUAUCACAACACCAAGCUGGACAGCAGUCUGGACUCGGUCUCUCUCCUCCUCGAUCAUGUCUGCAGCAGGUCUGUACUGCAUAGCCCUCACUGGAAGCAGUUCCCCUGUUACACCCAACAGAUUCUCACAGAGCACUGUAACGAGGUGUGGUUCUGCAAAUUCUCAAAUGACGGCACCAAACUAGCCACUGGCUCCAAAGACACUACGGUCAUAAUUUGGCAAGUGGACCCGGAGACCCACCAGUUAAAGCUGCUGCGGACCCUUGAGGGUCACGCGUACGGCGUCUCCUACUUAGCCUGGAGUCCGGACGACAUGUACCUGAUCGCCUGUGGACCUGACGACUGCUCCGAGCUGUGGCUCUGGAACGUUCAGACGGGGGAGCUGCGGACCAAAAUGUCCCAGUCCCAUGAAGACAGUCUGACCAGUGUGGCGUGGAACCCCGACGGCAAGCGCUUCGUCACCGGAGGGCAGAGGGGGCAGUUUUAUCAGUGUGACCUGGACGGUAACUUGCUGGACUCCUGGGAGGGUGUCAGAGUGCAGUGCUUGUGGUGCCUGGGCGACGGCAGAGCAGUGCUGGCCUCCGACACACACCAACGUAUCCGGGGGUACAACUUCGAGGACCUUACAGACAGAAACAUAGUCCAGGAGGACCACCCUAUCAUGUCUUUUACUGUUUCAAAGAACGGAAGAUUAGCUUUGUUAAAUGUAGCAACUCAGGGAGUGCACCUGUGGGACCUUCAGGACCGGGUGCUGGUGAGAAAAUACCAAGGUGUGACCCAGGGCUUCUACACUAUCCACUCCUGCUUUGGAGGACACAACGAAGACUUCAUUGCCAGUGGCAGCGAAGACCACAAAGUGUACAUCUGGCACCGACGAGGUGAACUUCCCAUCGCUGAGCUAACAGGUCACACGCGCACCGUUAACUGUGUGAGCUGGAACCCGGUCAUCCCGGGACUCUUGGCGUCCGCCUCUGAUGACGGCACAGUGCGCGUCUGGGGCCCUGCGCCCUUCCUCGACUCACAAGAGGCGGACGGGCUCAACGAAAACUGCAGUAACAUGGACAGUUGAUGGUCACUUACGGAGCAGAUGACGUCUCUCUCUGAUCACAAUCCAAGAACCCAACAAUAAAACGAAAUCGGGCAAAUCAAAUCCAACACCAAACUGAAGAAAGACGAGAAUAACAAACAAGAAAAAAACACCCAAGAGAAAAAAAAGGAAAACAGAAGCGAGAAAAAUGUGUCUCCUGACUGGCCGUUGUCUCCCAAAAACGGUGGAGGUGAUGACGGACAAUUUCAGGUCCUCAUCCAAAAACCUGACCCAGAGGAAAACCAGCGGGGAUACGGCAGCCAUCCACUGGUGAUCUGUAACGGCUGUUCCUCCUUCAAAAGUUCCUUCCCCCCCCCCCCCCGCCCCAAAUCUCGACUCAUGGUCCCUGGACAUGACGGGCCCUCGCAGUGUUUUCCAGUAAACCCACCUCCACCUGGAGCUCGGAGCACAUCAAGUCCCCAUGAUGCGUCCAGACAGACACCGCAGACCAGCCGUCUAUCAUUGGACUACAUCUGCCUGUUUGUCUCUCACAUUACCUGUAUAAUGUCUCCAUCGAUAUGGGUGGGGUGUUUUUGGGGGGAAGAUCCUGCAUAAGGGGGGAUAUAGCAACUCUUCUGUAUGUCUGUUUUCCAAUCCCCCUACGCUCUUGCUAUAUUCUUCGCAUUCGACUCGUUGGACAAAGGCUGAAAAAUCCACCGUAAGAAAAACACUCGACCAGCUGACAAAAGAACACACACAAAAAAAAGGCUAUGCUAAAAGUCGGAGUUUUUUUAUGAUAGUCAUAGCGUAAUUCUCAUUUAAAGAGGUGAAUCUUAGCUCAAGUAGUGCCCGUGGAAAGCUCCAGCGUGAGAUUCCACUUUGUGUUUCUGGACAUUAGGAAAACAAACUUUUUAUUCCUUAAUUUAACUUCUAACAAGAACAGUCCACCCCCCCCCCCCAAUCCCCAAUCCCCUUCUGUUGAGCUAGCUACCGCACCACCAUGUUACAUCUGCCCAAGAGGAGAUGGACGAAGGGAUCCACAGGUCACAUAUCACCGCUGAGGUGGUGUUCCCACCUUCGGGACACAUACUACCCCCUUUUUCUCCCAAGACACGCUUUCACAUGUGGAAUUCGGAUUGCACGUUGGUGACUGCUGUCCCUCCUCGGUUUGUGUGUGUGAGAGUGAGUGAAGGCGAUUAUGCAUGCACACAUUAGUGUGAGACUUGACACUUGUGGGUGCAGGUUGUAGUUGCCGCGUUAUUUUUUAUUUUUUUGUAUGCUUGUUCAAUUCACACCAGCAGAGAAUUCUAACCCCCCCUCCCCUAUGCUCCUAAUCCCAUAGUAAAAUUGUAAAGAGGAUUUUAAAAUUCUAAGUUAUCCAAAGCCCCAUAGGGACCUCUAUCUGUGGAACAAAGAAUACUUGAGAGCCAUUUUGUAAAAAAGAAAAAAACGCUUUUCUUUAAUGCGGGGCUUUAAUUUUUUACUUUAGAAUUUGUUUUUCUCCUUACCACGAAAGGCAAUCGGUUAGUGGCAAUCGACUCUGCGGUGAAAAAAGGUCAUUUAAAUAGUGAGACGUGUUUAAAAAAAAAAAGCUGUAAAUCUGUCAUGUUAUUUGCAAUGGGUCAUUUCCUAGGAGAAGUUAAUUAUUAUUGGACGAGUAGUUAGAAUGGCUUUAGAGAGAAGAGGCACCAUGCAGAACCACUCUCUGAGCCCACAUUGGAGAGUGCUGUAAUCCUAAUUUAUCACACACACAGACACACACUCACACACAACUGCCUUCCUGUUCAUACAGUUGCACACAGACCUUCAGUAUGUAUGAAACCCCCCCACCCCCCUGCACAUUGAGUGGUCUUUUUUGCUCUACUGCAAUGGCAUAAAUCCAUAAGCUUCUCAUAGCCUUAUGGUCAACACACUUCGUUCCGAUGGUUUAAAAGGUCGCAUUGGCAAAGACUCAAAGCCUAACUGGAGAUUGCUAAAGGAUUUGAACCCUCACUACGCCUCUAUGCACCCAAAAGCAGUGACUGAUCAUCUUAUAGACGUUAUAAAAAGGAAACCUCGCACAUGUAAGGCAUAGAGCAUGGAGUUUAAGAGAGAAUUCAGCAUUAACACCCCCUCCCUUUUGUUGCUCUCCAGCCAAGUUAUUCAGUGGUCAGUGCACCAUUCAAAGCUUUCUUCCUCCCUUUUUUCAGGGUUUGUAAUAACUAUUUGCUACAGACUGAUAUACAGUAAAACAUGUUUAAAAUCAGUGCUUUUCUGUCUGUUUUUAUUGAACUUUUUUGUUACUUAAAUUCUUUGUUCACAUUAUAUCAUUUUUUUUUUUUUUUUUGGUUGACCUCUAUCCCUGUAUGAUCAUAUUAAAAUAUAACCAGACAUUUGGAGUCCUCAUUUAUUUUGUGGUCUUCAUAACCCCCCCUCCGUUAUCUUUCUUUUAUAAUCUAUGUUUUGUUUGUUCCUUUGUGUUCAGUUGCAUUUAUCCACCACUAUUCUUACAAAUGAAUAUGCACAGUAACACCCAUGCCAGCUUUAGUGGGAAGAGUUUUUAUUAGAAAGUGUGUUACCUACAAUCAAAUCAGGUUCAAACUUAUCCACACCUCGCCUUUAAAGAGUUUCCUUCAUGUGAAGUUCUAAUUCAUCGCAUGUCUGUGUAUUUGAGCGGAAUAUCUCUCUUGGUGUGCCAUUUUUGAUGGAUCUGACCCUCAUUAAAGCCAAAUCACUCGAGGCACGCUGGUGUUUUUUUGUAGGUUUAUGUGUGUCAUGGUCUGAAAUUCACACUUCCAUCUUUAUUUCCUGGAUUGCAGAAUGGACUCCUUCCAUACCCGACAUUAUUUCAGAAGACUUGAAGCAAAACGCGCACACUAAACCCCAACAAGAGUUUCCGUAAAGCCCAUCAUUCACAUGCUAUGUCUGUAUGCAACCUGGUGUCUACUCUUCUUUUGUCUGAGUUUACAGAAAAAAGUUGUUUCUGAUUUAACUAUGUCUUAUUUCAGGUGGUGGGGAGGGGCCGGGUGGGGGACACUAAGGGCUUACUGUAGCAUCUCUAAGUUCCUUAGAGGAAAUGGGCGAUGUGUGGCUUUGCGUUCAAUGUGUUAUUUACAAAAGUGAUUGUACUGUUUUGUAUUGUUGUGUAGGAAAAGUGUUAUGUAUGCAUAUUUUCAAUAAAGCAUUCAGGGUUUUGAAAAAAAGGCCCAUGGAAGUUU